AUGGCCAUCAACAACAACAAGCUUCUUCUAUUAACAUUCGCCGUAUGCCGUUUAAUAGUAACGGUUGGGUUAACGGUGGUGGUCCCAACGGAGCUGCUCCGUGUAGGACUUGACGGUCAACUCAGCGUUGACACGUCAGAACUCGAAGCGGCUUCGGAAGAUUUCGGCAAGUUAAGCAGAGGAGAGCCUUCGGCGGUUCUACACCCUGUUUCGGCGAAGGACGUGGCACGGCUGGUGCAAGCGGCGUAUGAGUCAACUUCCGGCGGGUUCGCGGUGUCGGCGAGAGGUCACGGACAUUCAAUAAAUGGACAAGCCCUGCUGCCCCUGAUGAUAAAAGAGAAAAAAUGGAUGAAAGGGGUUGUUAUUGAAAUGGGGAAAUUAGGUGGUGACGGUGACGGUGACGGUGACGGUGACGGACCAGCUCGCGUGCGGGAGAAAGAAAUGUAUGUUGAUGUGUGGGGUGGGGAAUUGUGGAUAGAUGUGUUGAGGGCCACACUGGAUUAUGGGCUCGCACCUAUGUCUUGGACCGAUUACUUGUAUUUGUCCGUGGGUGGAACCCUAUCCAACGCUGGGAUUAGUGGACAAACCUUCAAUCACGGUCCUCAGAUCAACAAUGUUUAUGAGCUCGACGUCGUUACAGGAAAGGGUGAGCUGUUGACGUGUUCAGAAGAUCGUAACUCGGAGCUGUUCCAUGCUGUUCUUGGUGGUCUUGGACAAUUUGGAAUCAUCACGAGGGCUAGAAUUGCUCUCGAACCGGCUCCUCACAGAGUUCGUUGGAUAAGAGUUCUGUACUCCAACUUUUCAACCUUUUGUAAGGACCAGGAGUUUCUCAUCUCUCUGCAUGGGAAACCAGCGAGCCAGAAGUUCGACUAUGUUGAGGGUUUUGUGAUAGUGGAUGAAGGGCUUAUCAAUAAUUGGAGAUCAUCCUUCUUUUCACCUAGUAACCCUGUUAAAAUCAGUUCCCUAAAUGCUGAUGGAGGUGUUUUAUACUGCUUGGAGAUUACCAAAAAUUACCACCAAGGGAAUGAUGAUUCUGUUGAUGAGGAAAUACAGGCUCUAUUGAAAAAGUUAGAGUUUAUACCAACAUCGAUCUUCACAACGGAUCUGCCUUAUAUGGAUUUUCUGGACCGUGUACAUAAGGCAGAGCUCAAACUUAGAUCCAAGGGUUUAUGGGACGUCCCGCAUCCAUGGCUCAACCUUUUUGUUCCAAAAUCAAGGAUUGCAGACUUCGACAAGGGUGUGUUCAAGGGCAUUCUGGGGAAUAAAACAAGUGGGCCUAUCCUCAUCUACCCUAUGAACAAAAACAAGUGGGACCAUCGGAGCUCGGUGGUGACACCAGACGAGGAGGUGUUUUACCUGGUGGCAUUUCUGAGAUCAGCUUUGGAUACUGAGACAGUGGAGUACCUGACUAAUCAGAACCGUCAGAUUCUGAGAUUCUGUCAUGAUUCGGAGAUCAAGGUGAAACAGUACCUGCCCCAUUACACAACACAACAGGAGUGGAUGGACCACUUUGGAGAUAAGUGGACCCAAUUCUAUGCCAGGAAGAUGCAAUUCGACCCCCGCCGAAUCUUAGCCACAGGCCAGCGAAUAUUUCAAUUUGAGCCUUCCAACACCAACACCAACGAUGAUAUGACAAAAAAACUGGAAAUAGAUAAACAGGGGAACGGAAUGUUGUUAAGUAGUUAGUUUAGGGCGUAAACAAUAAACGGUGUUGUACUAUCAUGGUUUUGAAUUACAAAGCAGAAAAAGAAAAAGGAAUUACAGGGAGGGUUUUUCUUUUCUUUUUUCUUUUUUCUUUUUUAACGGUAUGGUUGGUUGAGGGGGUAGCUAUCUGAGUGAGAUUACAGGGGUGAAAAUGUUGAUGGAGUUGGGUUAUAGGUGGGACUCAAUCUCAGGGAAUGGUGGGGCCUGCCGAGGGGAAAAUGCCAAUAUGCACAUGACAUGUCGCAGAGUGGCGCCCGUGAUCCCGACCGACCGUCUGAUUUGGUUGUUAUGUCCACAAACACGCAGCUGUUUCCAGUUUCUCUCUCUCUCUCUGAAUAUUCAGCAUU